AUGACGAAGCCGGCCGGUGCGGGGCAGCAGCAGGCAAUAGCGAACAGCAGCAGCAGCAGCAGUAGAAUACAGCAACGUCACGUCGUCGUCGUCGUCACAGCAAAGGGAACUAGCAACCAGCAGCAGGAAAUGCCAAAAGCCGAAAGCCGAACCCAAGUCGAUUGCCCAGCUAUACGAAAAACCCAAAAGCAAAAGCAACCACCACCAACGGUGAUGCGGUGUUCGAGAGUUCGAGUGUCAGCUGGCUCUGGCUGUAGCUGUGGCUGUGGCUGGCGAAGGCAAAGGCAAUGGCAAUGGCAAGGAAUUCAAUGGAUGGUGGUCUUAGGUCCCACUCCCGGCGGCGUCCUCCGGAGAGUCCACGCUCAACUGAACGUUUCAGCGUUGGCAGGCAAGCUAUGCAGCGCCAACAGCCCAGCUAGAGCACAGUCAUCAUCGUCAUCGUCAUCAUCCAGUUCCAUAGAAGUAUCUACAGAAAAAACUCAACAAAAUAAAAAAACACCACAACCCAAACCAAAUCAGCAGCAGCAGCAGCAGAGCGUGCGACAUACAUACGUUCGUGGACACCUCAGCUCGGAGCUCGCAGCUGCUGCUGUACUGUGCUGUGCUGUGCUCUGCUGGGCUGCUGGUGCUGCUAGUUGCUGUUUCUGGUGGUUGCUGGGGCUGGCUGGAUGGCUGGCUGGUGCUGGUGGCUGGCUGGCCUGGCAAGGCAUAUAG